AUGAACAUAGAUAUAACAAAAGAAUUUCACGAUUUCAUCAACAGUUUUCAAAAAUCAAACAGAAAAGGAGUUAUGACAUCUGCUAGAAUCACUGAAUUCAAUAAGAAAUUUAAUACUUAUUUUCAAAUUUAUAUGCCUCAAAAUAGACCAAAGAAAGUAUCCGAGGAAUUAGAUUGGGUAUUGUACUUACAUAAAUCACAUUUCUGUCUCAUAAGAAGAAAUAAGAAAAGCUUAGGUAUUACAGAAAUAGAAGAUAAUUACGAUGAAAACGAAUGGAGAACUUGUAGAGAUGAUAAUGCAGUAACACAAGUUUCACCUCUAAAACUAAAUGUUUUUCCAACAAUUCAUGAUGAUUGUUUAUACGCAUGGGAUUACGAAACUUGCAGCGAAAAAGAAACGAAUAAAGCAAUUCCUUAUUCCUGCACUUUAGUUAAUUUGGAAAAACUAAGAAAAAUGUUGGAUGAUGUAAAUCAUCUCUUUCCAGAUUUAAAACCAACUGAUCCCAUUCCAGAAGAAUUUUACAAUAAACUAAUGAAUAUAGUAAGAAUAUUUGUAGGAACAGAUUGUAUCGAUCAAAUGUUGCAACGAUUAGGAGAAGGUUGGUAUUAUUUGUAUCAUUACCAUAAAGAAAUGGUUGAAGAAUGGUAUGAAACUACUAGAAUGGUUCCAAAACUUACUGAAAAAGAAAAUAUAGAAAAAGUUUACUCACACACUCAUCCUUUUACAAGACAUUUUAUCAGACAAUCCAUUAAAGGAGGAAGAGUUUCUACUGACAGAAAAUCAUUUACAACAGUUAAAAUGGAUGAAAUUCGUAAUGUAUUACAUAGAACUCGAGAGUAG